AUGGCAUCUCAGAGGCCCGUAUUCAUACAACCGCAGGCAUCAAGUAGCUCUAGUAUCAGCACUAGCAACAGCAUGCUGCCAAGCUCCAGCUCAUCAAGAGCAUCAAGACCCAAAAAUCAAACUGGAAUGUCUGCUCACGACAGAGCAAAGAAGCUUUCAAAGGCUCUAUCCUAUAUAUUACGACAUGGUGCUAUCAAGGAAGGAUUUGAUAUCCGUUCCGAUGGGUUUGUCAAAGUAUCUGAUCUGUUGGCAAACUCGAGAUUCACAGGCUAUACCUUUGAAGAGGUGCAAGCUGUGGUGCGAGACAAUGACAAGCAACGCUUUACCCUCAUGGAAGAACAGGCUGAUGAUGGUCAAGUGAUACAUUGGAUUAAAGCAAAUCAAGGACAGAGUAUUGAGCUUGAAGAUCUGGAUUUACAAAUCAUACACAGUGCAGAGGAUCUACCUGUUGCUGUGCAUGGUACAUUCAACAGCAAAUGGCCCAUGAUAGCCAAAUCUGGGCUGAAACGAAUGGCAAGAACACACAUUCACAUGUCGCCUGGUUUACUUGGGCAAGAUGGUGUUAUAAGCGGAAUGAGAAAAGAUUGUGAAGUAUAUAUCUACAUCAAUGUUGCUGCGGCCAUGAAGGAUGGAAUAGUGUUUGAGAAAUCACCAAACAAUGUCAUAUUGUCUCGUGGUCUGGAUGGUGUUAUAGUUCCCAAAUACUUUGAACGUGUAGUGGAUGAAAAGGGGAAGGUAGUACCUAUGCCGUGA